AUUCGCCACAACAAAAUUAUACCAGUUGGUACCAGCCCAUGCACGAUCCUCGCUCUUUCGUGAAAGAAAUGUCUGACGUCAAUGAUACCAUCCAUGUAUUCGCUUUAUGGUUCAGUGAUGAGUGUGGUGACAAAUCGUAUACGGUAUACGAUAGUUAUACAAUACAUAUACGAUAUACAGACUUACCAGACGCUAAUGCAAUCAAAAGGAUCGGAGGCUCAGCGAAUUCCCAACUUGCUUCUCAGUUUCAGAUUCGUGAGCUCUUCAACAUCAGCAAGCUAUCAAAUCCCUGGCACCUGCCUACUACUGGAUGCGCUGUACAUAUUUCAUAUACACAUUAUAACUACCCGAAAUAUGUUUUUUAACUACAAAUUCUUAGUUGCAAGCUUCUAUGGACUCGUUAUCGAAGAAAGGACGACUACAAAAUUAAGGAUGAUGUAAAGCAUCACCGUGUAGCCCGAACUGAAGAGCUUUGAACUAAACGAGUGCCAUCCAAACUAACAGUUUUUUGAAGAAUUCUGUAUCAUAAAAUAGUCUCAAGAAAAAGAGGAAUCGCGCUCGCGCCAAUGCAACGCACAACACACGCUAAAGAAAAAUAUAAAUAGGUAAAUCACACAAAGAAAAAGAGAGGGGAAAUAAAAAAAGAAAGAAAGAAAGAAACUGGCGAGCUAACAGAACAAUGGAUAUCGGUCUAGGCCAGUGGUAAAGUUGCCA